CUGAAGAACGCCUUUGAACUGAACGUCGACUUGUGCUAUUCUUAUCGUCUUCGAUGAUCACUUGACCAUGUCUUGACUUCUGUAGCGUCUGUUCACCGAUGUCUGAUCAUAAUGUCUUGCGGCGCGGAGGGAAGAAUUUUCUUGCUAAGUGGGCUACGCGGCCCGACGAGCGGGUACUAGUACUCAAAUACCAGUGAUCCUGGACACUUCCUCUUGUUUUCGCCUCAUUCAGUCACUCUCAGUAAUAGGACAGAAAGGGACUAAAAUGCUGGCUGGAGGUGUCUUGGUGCUAUUUUCUAGUAUUGUGCGGUCAUUUGCGGUACCGGCACCAGCAUCAGCACCAACACCAGACUCCCAUGGAAUUAUUCUGCGAGACUUAGCUGUGCCCCGGUUCUUUGGUGCAGCAGCAAACACUACGUUUCUCUUCCAUGAUGCAAAUUACACGAAGGUCAUCUCGACUCAGUUCUCGAUCUUCACUCCUGAAAACGAAAUGAAGUGGGAAAGCAUCGAACCGGAACAAAAUAUGUUCAACUUCGCCGCUCCGGACGAGAUCGUACGGUUUGCGGAAAGCGUGAACGCGAAGGUCCGCGGGCACAAUUUCGAAUGGGGAAACCAACUUCCGCCAUGGGUCAAUGAUACACUCACUGCCACAGAACUCGACCGGGCUCUGAAGAACCAUAUAACGACCAUUAUGGAUCAUUAUCGUGGAAAGCUCUAUGCAUGGGACGUUAUUAACGAGAUGAUUUCGGACAAUACUCCAAACGAGACCUUCAAGGAUAAUAUUUGGACACAAAAAUUCGGAGAGGAGGCUAUGCCUAAAGCUCUUACAUACGCACGCGCGGUUGACUCUCAACCAAAGCUCUAUAUCAACGACUAUGGUAUCGAGGGUAUCAACUCAAAGUCUGACACGCUUUACAGUGUCGUCCAAUCAUUCAUGAAUGAUGGCGUUCCGAUCGACGCUAUCGGUUUUCAGUGCCAUUUCACACUCGGACAAAUACCCGAUACGCUUGCGGAAAACUUGCAGCGCUUCGCGGCGCUCGGCCUAGAUGUCGCUAUUACUGAACUUGAUAUCAAUCUCCGUGGACCGGCGAAUGCGACUGCCCUCGCACAACAGGCACGUGAUUACUGGACCGUAGUUAAUGCAUGCGUACAGACAAAGCGCUGUGUUAGCGUGACUGUAUGGGGUGUCUCGGAUGAUCAUUCCUGGAUUCCAAAUGGUGAAGUUCUUCCUUGGAAUGCCGAAAAGCAACCCAAGCCGGCAUUCUUUGCUAUUGCAGAUGCGUUUGAAGGAAAGCCAGAGCCUGCGUUGUAACGUUGACGACUGUCUCUAAAGAAUUGAAUUGACUGCGCACAAGUGCAGACCCUUAUUGCUGC